UGCCUUAAACUGAUGAGUAAGGAAAAUAACGACGCGGGGUGACGCCCGUGUCCUCGCUCAAACUCGCGAGAAGAAUUUUUGAAAGGGCACAGGUCCGUCUGCGAGGUGACUCACCUACUUAGUGAGAUGCCGAGCAGAGCCAGGAUCUGCCCCGAAAACACCCUCAAACUGGUGAAAACAGACUAAAACACUAGUGAUGGAGCAAAUGCGUUAUUUCGAUGCAUAAUUUUUUAUGUAUGUUAAUGUUAAUUUGCAGGGGUAGUUUUGUGUUUAAAGGCCAGAUUGUCUAAACAGGCCAGUAAGAGACUACUCAUCCUGCUGAUUAAACAAAUGACUUGUUUUUCAACAUAAUAAUAAUGUACUUUGGAUAAAAUAAAUGCAGAAGAGCAGAAAGACUUAUUUAAAUAUCACAAAUCUUACUUUUCAAAAGCGUUUGACGGGUAGUGUAGAUGAAAGCAAGGGUGUUUUGUGAUUUUACCUAUCGAAAUAUCACAUCAAAAGUUCACAGUAUUUGAUUCACUCUGGCGUCAUCGGAGAAGACUACACUUCCCAUGAUGCAUCUCUCCAGCGCUGUAGCGGCAGCAGCAACAGAAGGCGCGUCGCUGAUAACAUCGCGCGGAAUGGCUGUGUCUCUGUCCCGUGCUCUGAAAUUACCAGGUAAGAAGGGCCCGGAUCUGGGCGAGUAUGACCCGCUGACACAGGCUGACAGCGAGGAUGAGACGGAAGACGAUGAUCUGGUUCUGAAUUAUCCUCGUAACGGUCUGAACCCGGCGGUGGCUGAUCUGAGGGGCGAGCAGGAGUUGGAUGAGGAGGAGGAGCUGAGGGAGGGGGCGGGGCAUGAUGCAGGGGCUGGGCGGAGUCAGGGCGGAGCCGCGGAGGAGAAGGCAGCGCGGGUGCGAGGGGCGAUGAGAUCCGCAGCGUUCCUGCUGCCGCUGUCCUGCGCCGCUCUGCUGGUGCUGCUGUGUGCGUUUCUCAUCCCCUGCCCACAGGGGGCGCCGCUCCAGACGCAGUGGGAGAGAGAGCUUGGAGACACAGCCGGCGUGACCUCACCUCCCAUUGCAUUGUGGGAUGUGGAUGGGGACGGACUGGAUGACGUUUUGAUUGCCGUUACGAACAUCUCCAACGACAGCCAGCCAAUGAACGCACAAAGCAAAGAGUACAGCGUGUGGGCUCUCAGCGGCGUCGGGGGCCAGCUGCUCUGGAGGAAGUCGCUCAGAGAGCCGUUGAUCUCUGUUCAGUGUGGACUCCAGACAGGAAGUUCAGAUCCACUGCACUCGUCUGCCUGCGUCCUAAUCAGCUCGGGCCACAUGAUCACCAUCAACGCCUCCACAGGAUGGACGUUGUGGACGACGGCUGUAGGAGAUGUGGAGUCUCACGCUGUUCUGCUGCCGGAUCUACAGGGAGACGCCUUUCCAGACCUGCUGAUCGCAACACUGCCGGAGGACAAGGUGUCUGAUCUGGCUCUGGUCCUGAUCUCUGGACGCUCGGGUGCUCUGAUUGGCCGGCCGGUGAACUUUAACCUUACAGCUCAGGGGAAGCUGAUUGGUCCGCUGCUGCACGAGACGCAAGCGGGAGCCUACUACGUGCUGUUCGGACUGGGAACGGUGGAGGCCGUCUCUCUCUCCCUCAUCUACAGUAGAGCGACGGGUCAGACGGCAGCGUCUCGAGUUCGUCAGAAGGAGCCCAGCUGGGAGCGUCUGAGGAAGAGCAACUCGUCUUCACUCAUUCACAUCAGCAGUGUCUCUGAGCAGGUGGACUUCCUGCUCUCUCUGGUGGUGGGCUCGUGUCAGCGUCUCAGGAAUCUGGACGGAGUGUCAGCGCUGAACUGCAGUCGCAGUGACUGGAUUGUGCUGAGUAACUCCAGCAGACGUCUGUCUGUGCUGAGAGCCAGCGACACUCGGCCCGUCUGGAGCCUCGGCCUCGCCUCCUUGCGCACUCGUCCCGCAGCGGGCCACUUUAAUGACGAUGGCGUUCCUGAUCUGCUCAUUCAUCAGUCGGCCAAUGGUGUGAGGAAGGUGAAGAUUGUGGAUGGCGCGCGGGGGCGGAGCCUGUGGGAGGCGGAGUUUGUGUGUCCUCGUCUGGCGGUGGAGGAUUCGUCAGUCCUGACGGUGUCCGGCCAAUCGGUGUUCCUCUUCUGGGCGGGAGAUCCGCUGGCGCAGCCGCAGAACGUCUCCAAGGUGGCAGAGCCGGUGCUCCGCAAGCUCUUCCUGCUCCACCCGAAGUAUCCCACAAUCCUCCUGGAGCUCAGCAGCACCACAGACACCAUCCUCAGCGCCGCCGUGAGCUACCAGGCGCAGCAGAAGGACGCGUCCUACAUCAGCGUGUCGUCUCGUCCCUCGGCCGGCCGUGCUCUCGGUGCUCAGAUGCUGCAGAUGCUCAGUCUGAGAGCGGCCGUCGCAGACGCCAGGAUCCUUCAGCUCACAGACACAGACAAACCCAGCGCUUUCCAGCUGCGCAAGAUCUUCAGACGCCUGGCCUUCAGACAGUGACGUGUGUCGGACUCGAGCGCUGCAGACCACACACUGGUUGAACAGCAGAGCACACCCUCCUCACACACACACACACACACACACACACACUCACACACACCUCAUCCUGGCUGCUCUGUGCUUGUGUCCUGACUCUGGUGUCUGCACGCUGGCUUCGCUGUAGAUAUAGCCCUGACUCUCUGUACAGUAUUUAUGUGUGUGUGUGUGUGUGUGUGUGAGGGAGAUGUUCACACUCAUAUAUUCGUGGGACACACUGGAGGAUGUUAGAGAGGAACCUCUGACAGAAGGAUCAGCACAUUUACUGACACUGUGUGAAACACAUGAAACACAAGUGUGAUCUGAUGAUCAGACUACAAACAUCAAACACUUGUGAUUUAUCAGACUACAGUUACCGUUUCAUGGAUCACAUGAUCUUCACACAGUGGCAGUGAAUGAUUGAGAAUCUGUUGGAUCUGUGUAAAAUAACCUGUGUUCACAUUCGCUCAGAAAGUCUGGUGUUGUGUGGAGAUUCACUACUAAAUCAGUUCAGGCUGAAGAAGUGUUUCAGUACUGACUCAACUACUGAUGAACUCUGUGUUUCUGUGUCUUUACCAGGCUUUUCUUUCAAACACAAUAAAAGGCACAAACUCACACACGUUUCUCUCAUCUAAUAUGUGCUGAUUUGAAGUACCCUGAGAUUUUAUCAUAAUUUAAUAAUACUGCAUCACAUCUGCAUGUUCAUCGGUUCUCUGAUGUUGGUUAUGGUCACAUUACAAAUAAACAAAUAAAUCAUC